AUGGCCCGGCCCGCGACGCUGGCGGCCGCCGCCCUGGCGCUGUGCCUGCUGCUGGUGCCGCCCGGCCGCGCGUGGUACAAGCAGGCGGCCGGGCCCAGCUACUACUCGGUGGGCCGCGCCGCGGGGCUGCUGUCCGGCUUCCGCAGGUCCCCGUACGCCCGGCGCUCCGAGCCCUCCGUCGCGGGCACAUCCCCGGCCGCAGCUGCCACCGUCCCGGAGCUGCGCCCCAACCUGCAGAGCCUCGCCGUGUGUGUCAAGGAGGUCGCCCCGAACCUGCGGAGCUGCGAGCGACUCCCCGACGGACGCGGGACCUUCCAGUGCAAGGCGGACGUCUUCCUGUCGCUGCGCGCAGCUGACUGCCGCGGGGCCUGA